GGAUCCCAUGCCCACAAGCCGGGAACCACCCGCCCGGUUCGCGGACUCGACCGCGCUCUCGCCCAGCGGCAGCACCGUGUCCAUGGCCGCGUUCGCUGGCAGCGUCUGCCUCGUCGUCAACCUCGACCGGCGCUUUCGGCCGCUCGGACUGCGCAUCCUAGCGUUUCCAUGCAAUCAGUUUGCAGGCCAAGAGCCCGGCUCCGAGCGCGAGAUCCGCGAGUUUGCCAACGGGUUUGGCGCGACGUUUCCGAUCUUCGCCAAAGGGGAUGUCAACGGCGCCAAGACGCAGCCCGUGUUCCGGUCCCUCAAGGCACACUUGACCGGCACGCUCGGCGCGUCCAUCAAGUGGAAUUUUACCAAGUUCCUCGUGCGCCGCAAUGGACAGCCGUUCAAGCGCUAUAGCCCGACCACGCCUCCGCUGCGGCUCCUCGACGACAUUUUGAUGCUGCUCGCCGAGGACAAGGCACCCUUGUCGUUGAGCACACGCACGGAAUGA